AGAGGAAAGGCACAGCCCAUUAUCUGUUCAUUUCCAAAAGCAGCCUUCUCAAGAACAACAACUUUUCGGAUAAAUCUCGAUUGAACAUUAAAGAAGCUAAAAAAAAUACAAAAUACAAAACAUUUUUAAGAAUUCGCUUCAAUAGCCAUCCACCUUUAUAAAGAUGUCUAACGGAUAUACGAUCCCCUUUGAAGAAAUGCUGAAGUGCAGCAUAUGUCAGGAUCGUAUCAAGGAUGCCAGAAGUCUUCCUUGUGGACACACCUAUUGUAGUGGUUGUCUCAAGAGGUCUGCUGAUGCGACCUACCCUCGAGGAAGCAUCAAUUGUUCAGAAUGCAAGAAGAAAUUCCAGUUGGGCUACUCUGGUGCUGAAAGUCUCCCUUGCUGCUUCACCAUAAACAGCCUCGUGGAUGAUAUCAACGAGACCUUCGGCGGAAGAGGUAGCGCCUCUAGCAGCAGGAGGAGCAGUACAAGUUCAAACAACGGAAGAGGUGAUCAACUGUCACUUGGGAAACAUGGUUUCCAAGUCAAGGAGACCUUCUCAUGCUCGUUCUGCUUGAGCCUGAUGAGGGACGCCCGCUAUCUACCAUGCGGACAUUCCUAUUGCCGGGAAUGCCUGGAGAUGCAGCCACGAACAACACCAGGUAUCAGAUGCGCCAAGUGCCUCAAAGACCACAACCUGCCAGCUGGAGGAAUCAACGGCCUCCCUGUUGCUUACCGUAUCAACAGCAUAGCGGCAGAGAUCAGGUCAAAUGGCAGUGAAACAAGUGAUGAUCAGCCACAACUGAGUACAAGUUCCCAAAACAGAGGAUAUAAACAACCAUCCCACCGUCAUUCACCAGACACCAGGUCCCGUCCACUGAUGGAGGACGUAGACGAGGCCAAGAAGAGGGCCCAGGCCCGGGCUGGCAACCAGAUCCAGGUCUUUGUGAGAAAUAUCAACGGCGGAAAGACAACCACCAUCACAAUCAGCUCCAACGCCAAUGUUGGUGAUUUAAUGGAACAAAUCAAAACAAUAAUGAGGAUUGCCCCAUCCCAGCAGAGGCUGACGUUCAGCGGUUGCAAUUUGGACGACAACACGAGAGCAUUGUCAUCAUACGGUAUUGGGAAUCUAUCUCACAUUGAUCUGAAUGCGAGGCUACGUGGAGGUAGCCAGUAGAACUUCAUUCGUCAAAAAAUUCUUUGUAUCAUUUUCUUAAUGAACACUUUUGUAAAAUUAUUAAUCGUACUUUUUUUAUUCCCUUAUAAAAUAUUUCAAACAUUCAUCAUCAUCGUUUCCCAUUCCAAUUACUUGGGGUUUCAAUUCCGUUCUAUUUUCAUUUAGACAAUAAAAAUGCAUUUAAUUUAACCCCCCAAAAGAACAAACAAACAACAAUAUCCUCGAUUUCUAUAUACAGUUACUCGGCACUUAUUUCUUAAAUAUUCAUUCAAGGUACAAGAGGGUUUAUUCGGUAUGUUGUCCUCCAACGAAUCCGAUUCAUUUAUCAUUCCAGCUAAACAUUGAAGCGAUAUAGUCACGCAAAAUAUAUCUUGUUCCGAAGUUGUUCAUUGAUCAGAUGUGUUGUUAUUUUACUCCGAUGAGUGCAUAUCGAAAAACUUCAGUGUGUUGUCUUUGUUUUCUAGACAUUGUGGAAUUUACUUGAGUAAACAAUUUGAAGAAAACGGAAAUUAUUCAGGUUGAUUAACAUCCUAUCAUCUUUGUAAAUACCCAGAGCACCAACAAUGAUUACCAAUAAAAGCUGUAUCAAAACUUAGCUUUCAUGAAUUUACGUUAUUAGUGUAUGCCCCCCCC